AGCUAUGCUAAAAGUGGUACCGCCAGACCUGGAGAUCAGCUGAAUGGAUUCCAAAAAGGUAAAAAUCAAAUGUUUAACUCUAGGGGAGCGGGAAAAUAAGCAUAUUUUCAAAAAAGUGGAGUGUCCCUUUAAGUAUAACUUCUACAAAGGUUGCAACUUUAAGGCUAAUCAUAAAACUACACAGAAUGAAACAUGUUGAUAAGCCAUCAAUGAGGUAUUUUGUAAUCUAAGUACAUUGUAAAAAGUGUAAAGUUGGACCAACUUAAAAAAAAAUACUUCAAUUGGUAACACACAAAAAAAUUGUUUUAGUUCUUUAGUUUCACUUCAGGUGAAAAUUUUUAUUUGGAAAAAAAUAGCGUUAGCAAUUGAAGUCAUUUUAAGUAAAGUUGAUCCAACUUUUUACAAUGUAAAGAAUCUGAAUUCUUAUACAUUGAUUUAUACGUCAGCCAAAUAAGUGCUGAACACACAAAAUGCAAAUAAAUUCACAAUUCUUGUUUUUUAAAAUAUGCUGCUAAGCUCAGGAAACAACACAAAUUUUGUUGUACCUUUUUAAGUAAUUCCUGUUUUGUGAACAAAAAUGGACUAAAUAUACUAUAUAAUUCUGUAUGAUCUUCUAUCAUUAAAGUUUACACAUCAUUUCAUGUGUGUUUUCUGUUUUAUGUCUUCUCUGCUACACAUUAAUACAGUAAUACAGUAAUGCACUGUUUUGAGUUUACUGUGAUGUCAUAAGUGACCCGAAAGAGAAGAGGAUGAUGGCUGCAAAGGAAGUGGUUUUAAAACAGUGCUGGCCUUAUCUCCUAUGUGCAACCACAAGCCUGAAUGCAAGGCACAGACAAAACAUGAGCGUGUGUUUAUGCGAGACAUUUAGUGCUUACUUCCUCUGACAAUUAUAAAAAAUGAAGUGAUAUUAUGGCAUGGUUUUCUCAGUUGAGAUGUUAAUGAAGUUCUUGUUUCAGUUGUGUAUGUUUCUUAGUGAUAUCACGAAUAGAGCCAAACAUGAAGAAAGUCAAAUAAAUCUUUAUUUAAACGUUUUACUUUGGACGCUUUAUUAAAAGUCCCACAUUUUGUAAAACAUUCUGCAUAGACUGCCUAAAGCAAAACCACUUCUUAUAUACAAAUAAAAACACACCUACUGUAAUGUACCAUUUUUUGACAUUUCAACGCUUUACAGGAAGUUGUCUUUUGUUUGAACAGAUCACAUCUGACCCUGCCCCCACCUAUAGAGCAGGGUGUUUUGGUUGAUAGUUUCUUUCUGUGCUGAGAAAAUGCAUUAGACGCCAUUAUACUUAUUAUUAACAGCAUGAGGAUCGAACGAAUCAACUCACAUCUUUUAUCUGAGCAACACUGGAUACUGAUAAUCUUCGUAUCACUUCUUACAGUUGUUUUGACAGAUGAGCAUGUGAUCAACGCUUUUUUGGGUGAUAAAGCUACAAUUAGGUUUAAUGUUACAGGAAGCACGAAAAUUACCCAGAUAGAAUUGAACAGGUGUACAGAUCAGAAGAUUUUUGUAUUCAGCCCUGAACAUGGACUAAAUAUUCAGGACCAGAACUAUGAUGGCCGUGUUUCUGCCGAAAAAACCCACAUUAUUUUGGAGAGAAUACAAGAGAGUGACUUUGGGACGUAUUGCUAUAAACUUUCAACUUUCCCACUUGGAAGUCUGGAAGGGAAAGUUAAGCUAGUGAGAGAGACAACAAAUGAUACAUCCGGUCCUCCCAUCAUAAUGAUAAUCGGCUUGACUUGUGGCAUAGGUUUAGCUGUAUUAUGUGGAGUCAUCGGUGGAGUUGUUUGCCAUAAGAAGAGACAUGUGGUGCACAUUGUACUGGAUCCUAAAAGUCUUCCUGUCCUGCAGAAAGAUCGAGAACGACCCAACGGCACACCCACACAGAGAGACGAAGAGGAGGACCAUAAUGAUGGCAAUUACCUGAAUGUUAUGUAACUUCAUUCAGUACAUCUGUAAUGUACACUACAGCAUUCAGGUGCACAUCAAUUCUAUGCAUGUGACAUUGAGGAAAGAAAGAAAGAAAGAAAGGGUCACAUAUAACUUGUAUUGCCUCGUGGUGUUCCGAUGGUGGCAUUGUACGAGAAAAAUAGAAGAUUAUAAGUGAAUCUAUAUUUGAUUUCCCCAUUGACAGCGUUGCACAGAAAUAACUAAAAAUUAUAAUACUGUCAUUCUAUUGUCAGCCCACAGUAUUUGUUAACAUAACGAAUGCAUUUGCAUUAUUAUUUAUUUUUCAUUUGUAUCUUUCAGGUUUCCAUUAAUACAUCAGUACAUAAAAUAUUUUUAACUAUAAAAUAAACAUACAGUGGAGAUUACAUUUUGAUACAUACAACAGAGGUGAUUAUAUAUUUUUUUGAAAGGAUUUUUUUAUGAAAUAUAUUGUUCAUCUUCAUCUCUCAGAAUUUUACAAAAAUAAAUAUUUUUACAAAAUAACCAAGGCAUUUCAAGCCUUUAUUUUGUGGAAAACACAGUGACUGAGCUGUAUCCACUUUAGCACGACACAAGACUAAAAUGUUUGUGGCUUAACUGUCAAAAAAUAGUUGAAAGUGCAGAGGCCAUUGCUUUAAAUGACUUCUGCACAUCUGCAGCCACAGGACAUCACAUGUUUUUCAUACUUCUCUGGUGUGAUCUUGUCCACUCCCCAGACUCUUUUACAGUUCAUUAACGGUAGUGGGUUUCUAUUACCUAUAAGUUUGAUUCAUUCAAGUCCCCUAUUAGGCUGUUUGUCCACAUAAGAAAAAUGCAUGGAAAGUGAAGAAAAAUGCAGAGACAAUUUAAGAAAAAUUGGUGCUUUACAAAACACACUGUGAUAAUAAUAAUAAUAGUAACAAAUGUACUCUGCUUAUUAGUCAGAAGAACCCUGAAAGGUUUUAACUUUUUAAACUUAUCAACAUGGAUGUCUCUUCCUCUUUGUAAAGCAUGUAAUUGCUAAACUUGUAAUCAGUUACUGAUCAAAGAAACGUUUAUCUUUCGAUGAUCAUUUUUAUCUUGCUCCUUUUAUGUUUUAAUAACAUCAUGUGCUGAUCAGUCACAUUAAUCAUGACACACAACAGUAUGAACACAGAUAAACUUCCUAUUGAAACAUCUGAUACAUUUACUGUAAAAAGCCACAGAAUUAAUAUUGUUAAAGAAGAUGAUAGCUAAAACUAAAAACAUCCAGCUUUGCUGUUUGGUCCCUGUCAGCAUAUUUUGCCCCAGUAUAGGCUAAAUGUGUUAAAUAAAAACUAUGUAAUGGAUUGAGUUUACUCUUCUGUGUUGCAUGCUGAAAAAUAUUAGUGGUUAUUUGGGUGCUGUUAAGUCAUUUCCUAUAAAGACCAAUGUGACAACUAAUCGAACACUGAUAAUGCUCCAAAACACUUAUGUGGUACAUUUUCUCUUUCAUUACUCAAUGUGUUUCACUUUGAAUGCCAUAUGUCUGAGCAUGUUUGAAUUGUUUAGCAUAUACUUUACAUACAUGAAAAAUAUAAAUAAUAAUAGUAGAAGUUUAAUAAAAAUGUUAAAACAGUAAUAAUAAGACUUUUUUAAAAUGCAUUAGAAGGCAAAAAACAUUAUAUAGGAAAUAUCAACUAAGACUCUUAGUUUUGUUGCGUGUAAAAUAUUAGUGGUCAUCAGGGGUUAUAUUAAGUAAUUUCCUGUAUUAACCAAAUGUUUUUGUAUAAAUCAUCAUCAUGACAAUGUAUUUAAUAUCUGAUAU